CGCACCUGCUGGCCGGGACAAAGGCGCGCCAGGGCCCGGAAGCUCCCGCGCCCCUUUCCCGCUGAUCGCGGGACAGCUUCAAAGCUGUCAACGUUUCCCUUAGUCCCGUAUCAGUGACAGCUCUGUGAUUGAACUCUGCUCUUAUUGACUAGGAGGCAUUUGGGCAGGCAUGCUUCAUUCCUGGAAUUGACAGUCAUUCCAUUUUUGAAUUUACUAACACUGAAUCAGUCCUUCUAAAGUCCUGCCUUCUCUCACUGGCUUCAGUUGGCAUUCAGACAUAAUGAGGAGACUGGCUUUUCGAGGCGCUGGUUGUGCUCUGGUAAAGCUGAAGAAGUUGGAUUCCAUGGGUUCCAAGAGAAGAAGAGCUACCUCUCCAUCUAGCAGUGUCAGCGGGGACUUUGAUGACGGACACCAUUCUGUGCCCACACCAGGCCCAAGCAGGAAAAGGAGGAGACUGUCCAAUCUUCCAACAGUUGAUCCUAUUGCUGUAUGCCAUGAACUCUACAACACCAUCCGAGACUAUAAGGAUGAACAAGGCAGACUUCUUUGUGAACUCUUCAUUAGGGCACCAAAGCGAAGGCGAGAGGAAGUGACUGGGGUUCCAGAGGGCGAAGGCUCCGGCCCGGGACGCGGCGGCCGGCGGGGACGGCGAGGGAUGGGCGGCCUGGUUGACCUAGUGACUGGCGGGACCUGCGCCGUCGUCACCAUGAACAGGGAGCCCAUCUGCAGCACGCUGCCCACCAUCCUGUGCCACAAGCUCACUGACCUGCGCUAUCUGAGCCGCGGCGCCUCGGGCACGGUGUCGGCCACCUGCCCGCCACGCAGACUGGCGAGUCGAGGUGGCCCUGAAGCACCUGCACACCCACAGCCCCGCUGCUUGACGCCAGAUUCUCCUGAAUAUAAAGCUGCUUGUAAGCUCUGGGACUUGUAUCUUCGAACAAGAAAUGAGUUUGUUCAAAAAGGAGAAGCUGAUGAUGAAGAUGAUGAAGAAGAUGGGCAAGACAAUCAAGGCACAGGGACUGAAGGAACUUCUCCAGGUUACCUGAAGGAAAUAUUAGAGCAGCUACUUGAAUCCAUAGUUGUAGCCACAAAUCCAUCAGGACGGCUCAUCAGCGAACUUUUUCAGAAACUGCCUUCUAAAGUGCAAUAUCCAGACUAUUAUGCAAUAAUUAAGGAGCCUAUAGAUCUCAAGACCAUUGCCCAGAGGAUACAGAAUGGAAGCUACAAAAGUAUUCAUGCAAUGGCCAAAGAUAUAGAUCUCCUAGCAAAAAAUGCCAAAACUUAUAAUGAGCCUGGUUCUCAAGUAUUCAAGGAUGCAAAUUCAAUUAAAAAAAUAUUUUAUAUGAAAAAAGCAGAGAUUGAACAUCAUGAAAUAGCUAAGUCAAGUCUUCGAAUAAGGACUGCAUCAAAUUUGGCUGCAGCCCGACUGACAGGUUCUUCACACAAUAAAGGUAGCCUUGGUGAAGAGAGAAACUCCACUAGCAAGUAUUACCGUAAUAAAAGAGCAGUCCAAGGGGGUCGUUUAUCAGCAAUUACCAUGGCACUUCAGUAUGGCUCAGAAAGUGAAGAGGAUGCUGCUUUAGCUGCUGCACGUUAUGAAGAAGGAGAGUCAGAAGCAGAGAGUAUCACUUCUUUUAUGGAUGUUUCAAAUCCUUUUUAUCAGCUUUAUGACACAGUUAGAAGUUGUCGGAAUAACCAAGGGCAGCUAAUAGCUGAACCGUUUUUCCACUUGCCUUCAAAGAAAAAAUACCCUGAUUAUUAUCAACAAAUUAAAAUGCCCAUAUCACUACAGCAGAUCAGAACAAAGCUAAAGAACCAAGAAUAUGAAACCUUAGAUCAUUUGGAAUGUGAUCUGAAUUUAAUGUUUGAAAAUGCCAAACGCUACAAUGUUCCCAAUUCAGCCAUCUAUAAGCGAGUUCUAAAAUUGCAGCAGGUCAUGCAGGCAAAGAAGAAAGAGCUUGCUAGGCGAGAUGACAUUGAAGAUGGAGACAGCAUGAUCUCUUCAGCCACCUCUGAUACUGGUAGUGCCAAAAGAAAAAGUAAAAAGAACAUAAGAAAGCAGCGAAUGAAAAUCUUAUUCAAUGUUGUUCUUGAAGCUCGAGAGCCAGGUUCAGGCAGAAGACUUUGUGAUCUAUUUAUGGUCAAACCAUCCAAGAAGGACUAUCCUGAUUAUUAUAAAAUCAUCUUGGAACCAAUGGACUUGAAAAUAAUUGAGCAUAACAUCCGCAAUGACAAAUAUGCAGGUGAAGAGGGAAUGAUAGAAGACAUGAAACUGAUGUUCCGGAAUGCCAGGCACUACAAUGAAGAGGGCUCCCAGGUAUAUAAUGAUGCACACAUCCUGGAGAAGUUACUCAAGGAUAAAAGGAAAGAGCUGGGCCCACUGCCUGAUGAUGAUGACAUGGCUUCUCCCAAACUCAAGCUGAGUAGAAAGAGUGGUGUUUCUCCUAAAAAAUCAAAAUACAUGACUCCAAUGCAGCAGAAAUUAAAUGAAGUUUAUGAAGCUGUUAAGAACUAUACUGAUAAGAGAGGUCGCCGCCUCAGUGCCAUAUUUCUGAGGCUUCCCUCCAGAUCUGAACUGCCUGACUACUAUCUGACAAUUAAAAAGCCCAUGGACAUGGAAAAAAUUCGAAGUCACAUGAUGGCGAACAAAUACCAAGAUAUAGACUCUAUGGUUGAAGAUUUUGUCAUGAUGUUUAACAAUGCCUGUACGUAUAAUGAGCCUGAGUCUUUGAUCUACAAAGAUGCUCUUGUCCUACACAAAGUCCUGCUUGAAACGCGGAGAGACCUGGAGGGAGAUGAGGACUCUCAUGUCCCAAAUGUGACUUUGCUGAUUCAAGAGCUUAUCCAUAAUCUUUUUGUGUCAGUCAUGAGUCAUCAGGAUGAUGAGGGAAGAUGCUACAGUGAUUCCUUAGCAGAAAUUCCUGCUGUGGAUCCCAAUUUUCCUAAUAAACCUCCCCUUACUUUUGACAUUAUUAGGAAGAAUGUUGAAAAUAAUCGCUACCGGCGGCUUGACUUAUUUCAAGAGCAUAUGUUUGACGUAUUGGAAAGGGCAAGAAGGAUGAAUCGGACAGAUUCCGAAAUAUAUGAGGAUGCUGUAGAACUUCAGCAGUUUUUUAUUAAAAUUCGUGAUGAACUCUGCAAAAAUGGAGAGAUCCUUCUUUCUCCAGCACUCAGCUAUACUACAAAACAUUUGCAUAAUGAUGUGGAGAAAGAAAAAAAGGAAAAAUUACCAAAAGAAAUAGAGGAAGAUAAACUAAAACGUGAAGAAGAAAAAAGAGAAGCUGAAAAGAGUGAAGAUUCCUCAGGUGCUGCAACCCUGUCAGGCUUACAUCGCACAUACAGUCAGGACUGCAGUUUUAAGAACAGCAUGUACCAUGUUGGAGAUUAUGUCUAUGUAGAACCUGCAGAGGCCAACCUACAACCACAUAUAGUCUGUAUUGAGAGACUAUGGGAAGAUUCAGCUGGUGAAAAAUGGUUGUAUGGCUGUUGGUUUUAUCGGCCAAAUGAAACAUUCCACCUGGCUACACGAAAAUUUCUUGAAAAAGAAGUUUUUAAGAGUGACUACUAUAAUAAAAUUCCUGUUAGUAAAAUUCUAGGCAAAUGUGUGGUCAUGUUUGUCAAGGAAUACUUCAAAUUAUGCCCAGAAAACUUUCGAGAUGAGGAUGUUUUUGUUUGUGAAUCACGGUAUUCUGCCAAAACCAAAUCUUUUAAGAAAAUUAAACUGUGGACCAUGCCCAUCAGCUCAGUUAGGUUUGUUCCUCGGGACGUGCCCCUCCCCGUAGUCCGAGUGGCAUCUGUAUUUGCAAAUGCAGAUAAAGGUGAUGAUGAGAAGAAUACAGACAACUCAGAGGACAGUCGAGCUGAAGACAGUUUUAACUUGGAAAAGGAAAAAGAAGAUGUCCCUGUGGAAAUGUCCAAUGGUGAGCCAGGUUGUCACUACUUUGAGCAGCUCCAUUACAAUGACAUGUGGUUAAAGGUUGGAGACUGUGUCUUCAUCAAGUCCCAUGGUCUGGUGCGCCCUCGUGUUGGCAGAAUUGAAAAAGUAUGGGUCCGAGAUGGAGCUGCGUAUUUUUAUGGCCCCAUCUUCAUUCAUCCAGAAGAGACGGAGCAUGAGCCCACAAAAAUGUUCUACAAAAAAGAAGUGUUUCUGAGUAAUCUGGAGGAAACCUGUCCUAUGACAUGUAUUUUGGGAAAGUGUGCUGUCUUGUCAUUCAAGGACUUCCUCUCCUGCAGGCCAACUGAAAUACCAGAAAAUGAUAUUAUGCUUUGUGAGAGCCGCUACAAUGAGAGUGACAAGCAGAUGAAGAAAUUCAAGGGACUAAAGAGGUUUUCACUCUCUGCUAAAGUGGUAGAUGAUGAAAUUUACUACUUCAGAAAGCCAAUCGUUCCUCAGAAGGAGCCAUCACCUUUGUUGGAAAAGAAGAUCCAAUUGUUAGAAGCUAAAUUUGCUGAAUUAGAAGGUGGAGAUGAUGAUAUUGAAGAGAUGGGAGAAGAAGAUAGUGAGGUCAUUGAACCUCCUUCUCUACCUCAGCUUCAGACUCCUCUAGCCAGUGAGCUGGACCUCAUGCCCUAUACACCCCCACAGUCAACUCCAAAGUCUGCCAAAGGCAGUGCAAAGAAGGAAGGCUCUAAAAGGAAAAUCAACAUGAGUGGCUACAUCCUGUUCAGCAGUGAGAUGAGAGCUGUGAUUAAGGCCCAGCACCCAGACUACUCUUUUGGGGAGCUCAGCCGACUGGUGGGGACAGAAUGGAGAAACCUUGAGACGGCCAAGAAGGCAGAAUAUGAAGGCAUGAUGGGUGGCUAUCCGCCAGGCCUUCCACCUUUACAGGGCCCAGUUGAUGGCCUUGUUAGCAUGGGCAGCAUGCAGCCACUUCACCCUGGGGGGCCUCCACCCCACCAUCUUCCGCCAGGUGUGUCUGGCCUCCCGGGCAUCACACCACCGGGUGUGAUGAACCAAGGAGUGGCCCCUAUGGUAGGGUCUCCAGCACCAGGUGGAAGUCCAUAUGGACAACAGGUGGGAGUUUUGGGGCCUCCAGGGCAGCAGGCACCACCUCCAUAUCCUGGUCCACAUCCAGCUGGCCCCCCUGUCAUACAGCAGCCAACAACACCUAUGUUUGUGGCUCCCCCACCGAAGACCCAACGGCUUCUGCACUCAGAGGCCUACCUGAAAUACAUUGAGGGACUCAGUGCUGAGUCCAACAGCAUUAGCAAGUGGGACCAAACCCUGGCAGCUCGAAGACGUGACAUCCAUUUAUCAAAAGAACAGGAGAGUCGCCUACCCUCCCAUUGGCUCAAAAGUAAAGGGGCCCACACCACCAUGGCAGAUGCCCUCUGGCGCUUGCGGGAUUUGAUGCUUCGAGACACCCUCAACAUUCGCCAAGCAUACAACCUAGAAAACGUUUAAUCACAUCAUUACGUUUCUUUUAUAAAGCAUAAAGAGUUGUGGAACAGUAGCCAUUUUAGUUACUGGGGUGGGGGGAAGGAACAAAGGAUAAUUUUUAUUGCAUUUUACUGUACAUCACAAGGCCAUUUUUAUAUAAGGACACUUUUAAUAAGCUAUUUCAAUUUGAUUUUGUUAUAUUAAGUUGACUUUAUCAAAUACACAAAGAUUUUUUUGCAUAUGUUUCCUUUGUUUAAAACCAGUUUCAUAAUUAGUUGUACAUUUAGACUUGGAGUUUUAUCUUUUUACUUGUUGCCAUGGACCUGAAACCAUCAACAAUGUUGUCUUGGCUUGGGAAUUUUGUUUUUUGUUUCGUUUAGGGGAGGGGGUGCUUUUUUUUUUUUCAUAAAAGAAGAAACAAAAUGGAAAAAAAACUUGAGUUUACAGAUUAGUUUAAGUUGACAAUGAAAUGUGAAGUUUGUUCUAGUUUACAUCUUAGAGCGGGGAGUAUGUAUAUGUAUGUUUUGUGUGCCUGAGUAUCUUAAGCCACUUUCUGAAAAAGCUGUUUCUUACAGGUAAAGUCAAGUGCUUUCUUUGGAAGGUUGUUACUUAGAUUAUAGAUGUUUGUCACAUUUGCUCUUUUAACUCAGAGGCUCUCUAUAGAAACCCAUAGUCAGUGCUGUGCGUCCAUCUACAGCUAGUGUACUUCCCAGAUUCCUGGAGGAAACAGCAAUUUUCUUGUGCUGAGUUAAACAUCCGUGGUGUCAUUGAUUUUUGCAGAAUGUGUGCAUAGCCAAGAGUUAUAUUUAGCCUUGGAAGGUAAGUUUAAGGGUACUUUUGACCUGUUUAUAAUAAAUUCACAAGUUAUGCCUAUAUAUGUUAGAUGACUUGAGAAUUUAAAUGUUACAUUGGAAAACAUUGAAGUUCAUCUUGAAGAAAGCAUUGAGGUGUACAUGGAGAUGACUUAUUUUUCAAUAUAACACAACCUUACCUAAAGAAAGGAGUAUAGUAAUUGGAUAUGUUUUUUGGGGUUUGUUUUUUUUUUGGUACCGGGGAUCAAACUCGGGACCUUGCACUUGCGAGGCAGGCGGCAGAACCACUGAGCUAAAUCCCUGGCCCUAGUAAUUGGAUAUGAACUGUGUCGUGAGCAUUAACUGUGAAAGGGUACAAUGCCUACAUAUGCAAAUAUGUUUUAUAUUCUUUAUUUCCUUAUCAGUUGGGAAAUUUUUUUCUUCUAAGUUUCAGGGUUGUAAUUCUCAACCAGAAAUCUAAUACUUUCUAAAAUAUAUUUUUUAAUUUAACCUGUGCUUUGGAAUUACAGGAAAAAGGAAUCAUAAUUUAAGAAAAUGCUCACUAAAAAGACCAUUAUUUACUAAAAAAUAAAAAGACCAUUAUGGAUCCCAAAUACUAGGGUUUAGUGACCUUUUUUCUUAUAUGGCCCUAGAAUAAACAUUUGGAGGCAGUGUGCUGCUUAAAUGGUAGGAAACUACAAAUGUGAAACAUCAUUUCAUGGCAGCAUGUUUUUGAAACCUUCUUUGUUGUAACAGGGUGGUUGCAUUUGUGGUGGAGUUUCCACCAUUGUUUUUGAGUGACUCUUAGAGGAUACUUUUUUCCUUUUAAUGUAUGAAUCAAUACCCACAUGCUUAAUUAUCAUACUUAAUAAAUCAUGAGGAAAAAAGAGUAUAGAAUGGAAAUGUAUCUCUUGUAUGUAAAUACUUUGAAUACAGGAGGCCCUUAACUGGGCAUGGUGACGUAGGCCUGUAAUCCCAGGACUCAGGAAGGAGGCUGUGGCAAGAGGAUCACCAUGAGUUCAAGGCCAGCCUGGGCUACAUCAUGAGUUCAAUGCUAGCCAGGGCUACAUAGCAAGACCCUGUCUCAAAAAAAACAUAAAUACAGGAGGCCCUUGUAACUUAAUUGCCAUUAGUCAACCACUGGAUCUCAGUUUGCAUCAAGUAUUUUCAAUAAUUUUGAAUUCUGAAACAUAUUGCAGUAGUAUGUCAGUACCUUAUUGUUAAACUGACCCAGAAAAAGAAAUCUUCAACUCUGGUUAUUUGGAUCAUUAAAUCAUCUUGGACUGUGUGAUGCAAUCAAAUUCUCUUCUUUGUAGACAUCCUUGAAUUACACCAAAGAACCUGAAACUUAAUUUUGGUUAAAUUAUUUAUUUAUUUCAUGCAUUCGUUUUAUUUCCCUUUUUUAAGGGCUGGAUGAGACUUCUUUAAAAACUCUUCACUGUGGGCCCUGGGGGUGUUAGAAGCCAGAGCACUCUUCCUCCAGGCUCCUUCCCAUCCCUUGGGUGCCCUGGGACUCAAGAGCCAGCCAGGAUCUCCCUAAGGCAGUGUAGAGCUGGCCCAGGGUACAGCUAGGCAGGCCCUAAUUAAGUUAAUUGAAAGAAAGUUUUAUUUAUUUUAGAAUCAUGUCUUUCUGUACACUAAUUUAAAGAACAUCAGUUAAUAUUUAGGAUAUAAGAUUUGAAGUCAGCCAUCUUCCCAAGAGAAAGAAAGGAAGAAAAAAAAACAACUCCUGACUUUUUAAAGUACAAGUAAACCAUAUAUCUUUUUUUUUCCCAUGAGUUUUAGGAACUGUAGUAAUGUGGCUUUGAAAGUAUAAUAGCCUGUUUUCAAAAUGUAAGUUCCUAUGGAAAAUUUUGUUUAUAUGGCCGGGCCUAUAGGUUUAAAAUAGAAUGUUAGCCAACUAAUUUUAAAGGCCUUUAAUUAUUUGUUUUAACCCACCCUCCCUUUCCUGUGAGGAAGAAUUGAGGGAGGACACUUAACUUGUGGAAAGCCCUCUACUGGUACUGAUUUUUCAGCUUGAGUGUUUCUAGAUAGAAUUAAAACUUGGUUUUUUCUAAUUUCUGUAUUAUAUCAUCAUCUAAGGUUUAAGUGGUUACUAGUCCUUACAAUAUGUAUGUAUCAUAUGUUUGUUCAUCUAAAGCUUUUUAAUCAAAAUAAAAAUGGAGUUUGCAAAGUGAUUUGGAUUAGCCCCGUUUGGUUGUUCUAUUAGUUUCAAGCAAAUUAAAGAGAAAACACUCCUACAAGCCCUGAUGUCAUACUAACAGUUUUGCCAGUUUAAGAGAAUAAAGUUCCUUAGGAGCAGGUGAAAGUCAGUGUGCUAAGUCCUGGUUUGGGCCCAGGCAUCAUCAGACUGAAAAAAGCACAUGUAAUCAGACUACAGCCUGAAGUGUCACCUGCCACCCCUCUGAGGCUGGCAGUCAAGGCUAACAUGUCCUCAGGAUGCCCAGCAUAGACAGAAAUGCAGGUUGAGAUUAAAAUUGAAGAGCAAUUUAUUGAGGGCAGAAGGUGAAGGAAGUGUGUCCCCUGUCAGAAAGUAGAAUAACUCACUUCAGAUAGUUUGUCUGUGGCCAGAGGAGACAGAGGUGGCCCAGGUGUGUGUUUAACAUGUUUAUAAUAUCGCUUUGCAGAUCCCUGUAUUUCUGUCUCCUGAGUGUGUGGGGCUGUACUGCGUGUAGUCCAUGCCCAUGAGUAUUUAUGAGCAAAUACUGCUCAGUAUUACUCUAUUCAUUUUUAGUUUGGAACUGUGCUAUGUCAGCAGAAUAAAAGUUCAGUACUGAGAAAA